UGCUGCAUGCCUUCUUCCCUCUGCAUCUCAUAACUUUGUUCAACCAUGGUCUCCUUCUGGAGUUUCCUUCUGUCCUACCCUGAAGUUUUCCUAGCCAUUGCUUGCUUCUUCUGCCUCUCCCUCUUCCGCCUUGUCCGACACUGCCACAAGAGUGACCUCCCGGUGAACUGGCCUGUUAUUGGGAUGCUUCCCUUCCUCGUGAGAAAUCUGUACCAAAUUCAUGACAGUGUCACCGAUAUGCUCCGCGAGGCGGGAUGCACCUUCAGGAUCAUUGGCCCGUGGUUCCUCAACAUGAGCUUCUUGGCGACCUGCGACCCAGCCACUGUCAACCACUGCUUCAAUACCAACUUCAACAACUACCCAAAAGGCAGUGAGUUCGCCGAGAUGUUCGACAUCCUAGGUGAUGGGCUCCUUGUGGCGGACUCUGAGUCCUGGGAGUACCAGCGCCGUGUGGCGAUGCAAGUCUUUGCUAGCCGCGCCUUCCGGUCCUUCUCCAUGUCCACCAUCACGAGGAAGGCCGGCACAGUCUUGUUACCCUUCCUUGACCACAUGGCUAAGCACGGCUCACAGGUUGAGCUGGAGGGUGUCUUCAUGAGGUUCUCACUUGAUGUCUCGUACUCCACUGUGUUUGCAACUGACCUUGACUGCUUGUCUGUGUCUCACCCGAUCCCUGCGUUUGGCCAAGCCACAAAGGAAGUCGAGGAGGGAAUGCUGUUCAGGCAUGUUGUUCCACCAAGUUUGUGGAAGCUCUUGAGAAUGCUGAAUGUUGGCAGCGAGAAGAAGAUGGCGAAUGCAAGGGUGGUGAUCGACCAAUUCAUCUAUGAGGAAAUCGCGAAGCGGAAGGCACAAGCAACCAAGCAAUGCCAGGGAGACGUGCUGUCCAUGUACAUGAACUGGCCCAUGGAUCCCAGCAUGAGUGAGCAGCAAAAGACCCUGUUCCUGCGCGACACAGUGGUGGGGUUCAUCUUUGCUGGGAAGGACCUCGUUGCCGUUACACUCACGUGGUUCUUCUACAUGAUGUGCAAGCAUCCGCAUGUUGAGGCGAAGAUCCUCGAGGAGAUCAAGGCCCUGCAGAGCACUACAUGGCCAGGGAACCUCUCUGUCUUCGAGUGUGACAAGCUCCGGCCUGCUAUUUACCUGCAAGCUGCACUCCUCGAGACACUCAGGCUCUUCCCGGCGACCCCAUUCGAGGAGAAGGAGGCCCUCAACGAUGAUGUCCUCCCAGACGGUACCAUGGUGAGCAAGGGCACAAGGAUCGUGUUCUCGCUCUACGCCAUGGGGAGGAUCAAAGGGAUAUGGGGCAAGGAUUGCAUGGAAUUCAGACCAGAGCGGUGGAUCUCGAAGAGCGGGCGCCUUCGGCACGAGCCAAGCUACAAGUUCCUGUCCUUCAAUUCCGGGCCCAGGAGCUGCCUUGGGAAGGACCUUGGUCUCAGCAACAUGAAGAUGGCAGCUGCUUCCAUCAUAUACAACUUCAAGGUGGAGCUGGUGGAAGGCCACGCCGUGAUGCCCGAGAGCGCUGUGAUACUGCACACACGGAACGGGAUGAUGGUUCGGCUCAAGAGAAGGGAGCUGGUAGCUGCUUGAUCUUUACUGCUAUCUGUUUUCUUACUUGGGUUAUUUAUGCGUAUCGAACAGAACUAAAUGCAGAAUCCAUGAGAUGGAAUGGAAUAACUAAACAUAAUCUGCUUGUAGUGUUGAGAUUGUCACCGUGACAAGCUAUCUGUUCGUAGUGUUGGAAUUGUCACCAUGUAACAAGCUAUCUGUUCUUAGUGUCGGAAUUGUCACCAUGUCAUGGGAACAGAAUAUUAUAGUGAUUGGUCGUGUGAUGA